UUUCCGUUUCAAUCUUCAAAACAACCUACGAAGUAAUACCGUUUUUGUCCCUUUUUCGUGGAAACCGUAACAUUUCCAGCAUAUGAUUGCUCAAAGGGUUAUCUCUGGAAAGACAGGGCCAUUGGUUUAGGUUCGUCUAUGAGAAAAAGCUUGACCUACUUCUUAACUUUUGACGCGUGGAAUUGUGGGACAUUUUUGCAACUACAACAAAUCUGACAAGAUGGACUUUCAGGGUCUGUGGGAAGAUAGAGAUGUCAGGUUUGACAUAAGUCCGCAGCAAAUGAGUCUUAAGCCAGGGGAGAAGAUGAUAGACAAGCUGGACUCUAUAGAGGACACAAAAGGCAACAAUGGAGACAGGGGGAGGCUCUUGGUGACCAACCUCAGACUAAUUUGGCACUCAGCCAGUUUUCCCAGAGUAAAUCUGUCUAUUGGGUACAACUGUAUAAUCAACAUAUCAACAAAGACGGCUCAAUCAAAACUCCGAGGAACAACUGAGGCACUCUAUGUUCUGACCAAGUGCAACAAUACAAGAUUUGAGUUCAUUUUCACAAAUUUGGAUCCUGCCAGAACACCUAGUCACCAAGGGAUGCCAGGGACUCCACAGUUAUUCACGUCAGUCAUUGCCGUCCACCGUGCAUACGAGACUUCUAAAAUGUACAGAGAGUUGAAGCUUCGUGGAGCGUUGAUCACCAACAAGCAGCUGAGACUGCUGCCCCUGGAACAGGUGUAUGAUAAAGUCAAUGGGGUCUGGAAUCUGUCCAGUGACCAGGGUAAUUUGGGCACUUUCUACAUCACCAAUGUCCGCCUGGUGUGGCACGCUAAUCUCAACGAGUCCUUCAACGUGAGCAUUCCGUACCUGCAGAUGAAGAGUGUCAAAGUGCGAGACUCCAAGUUUGGUCUGGCUCUGGUGGUGGAGAGUUCACAACAGAGUGGUGGCUACGUCCUAGGAUUUAGAAUCGACCCCACUGAGAAAUUACAGGAGACAGCCAAAGAAAUACAGAGUCUACACAAGGUGUACAGUGCCUGUCCUAUCUAUGGGAUAGAGUUUGAGGUAGAGGAUAAGCCGGAGCCAUUAGAAGAUUUGACUGUAGAGAAUGUCCAGGAUGAUGUGGAGAUAGAACAGACAGAGGAGCAGUCUGAUGCUUUCGCUGCCUACUUUGCUGAUGGGGAUCACCAGAAGGACCGAGAUCCUGUUUACUCAGAGGAGUUGGGGCUGGCAGUGGAGAAACUAAAAGAAGGAUUCACUUUAUCAGGUCUAUGGGAGGUGUUAUAGCAGGAGUUGACUGAGCUGCCAUCUAUAGUCUAAAACUGAAACUGUGUGGAAUGUGUUGUAACACCUAGAGUUGACUGAGCUGCCCUCUAUGAAUGAAAACUAUACUAAAUGGAGAACUAUGUGGAGGGUGUUAAAAAAUAACACCUAAUUUAGUUAGAUGCCAUCUGAAAACACACUGAAUUAAAGACUGUUGGGGACUGCACUCAUGGAAUGUAUUUUUUUAUUUCAUGGUAUUCAUUGUUGUCAUUUUCUUUUCGUUCAUCGUGAUAGUGGGUCUGUUUGUUCAGUUUUGGUAUAUCACAACUUGUUUAAAUAUCGCAACUUAAUUGUAUAUUCUCAUUAUGAAGUAAUGCUAUCCGUCCAGUGAACAAAGACCACUUAAUUGGCUACUACCCUGUAGGAUAUCAAGUAUGUUGUUUAUCACAUUGUACCAUCAACUGGUUUAAGAUUUUAUAAAACUGAAGAUAAACAGCAACUUUGGUAGUGUAGAGGAACAGAAUUUCAGUAAAUGUGUGUUUGUGUGGUAAUGAUGCAGCUGAUAUAUAAUAUCCAUUUCCUGGGUAGAUAAAGCAUUCCAAAUGCAUUUCUUAAUGCGAAGAUGUGUGUAUAUCCAGUCUUUUGAAAAAAAAAUCAUGAUAUCUGUUUUAUACAUGUAUAUUUAAAUUAUAAAUUUUUGUAAAUUGCACUUUUAUUAGCCUUAAUAGGUGAAAUGAGGAAUUUUUAUGUAUAUUUGUGGGUAUUUAUAAAUACCAGUCCUUGUAACAACAACUGUUUUAUGUU